AUGCCCGACAACCGAAAACACCUAUACGCUGCUUCUUGUAACCCUCCUCGCCGUGCUAAACGUCUCCCGGUCCCUGAAUCCCCCUUGGACCUCGCUCAGGAACACCCUGAUAUGUCGCUUCCCCGACCAAUCCUUCCCAAGAACUUACCUCACUCAAUGAAACCAACCACAAACCCAGUUCUUUCCGACGAGCAUGCUGUGCCAGCUCAGCAGGCCCCUGCGCCGUCGAAGCGGGGUCGCAAACCUGGACCCCUAUCUCGUACUGCACGAGAAGCCCAGAGACGGCUUAACCAUUCCAUUAUCGAGAAAGCAAGGCGCACCAAGAUAAACGAGGCUUUAGCUACGCUCAAGCAGCUCGUACCGGCAGAUUACGGCUACACGAAGCCUCCUACGGACGAGGACGACGAAGACGAAGACAAUGAAGAUGAGGAGUAUCAACACGGUACCAAGAAGCCAAUGUCGAAGAAGACCGGGAAGAAGGAGGAGAAAGAAAAGGAGUUCAAACUCGAAAUCCUUGUUAGGACCGUUUCCUUCAUGCAGGACCUCAUCAAGAAGGUCGCUGUUCUGGAGGAAGGAGCUACCUCUCCUCAGCCGUGUCCUUCUUGCACAGGCUCGGGGUCCGGAGACCCAAAGAAGCGGAAACGCUCCCACCUCGACGAAGUCGACGGUAAAACCCAAUCAGACCAAUCACCACGCGAGAAAAACCGUCCCCGUCGUUUAACCGGGUCUUCGUCUUCCGGGGGAUCCUCCUACCCCAAUAACACUCAGCGCACUCCCCUAACCCAACCCCAAAGCGACGCUCGCCUCCCCUCCAUUUCCUCCUGGCUUCCCAUGUCCGUCAUCGACCCAUCCCUCCUCCCUCCUCCCCAGCGCACCCCACCCACUCCGCGCUCAUACCUCCCCUCGCCCCCCUCCUCUACGCAUUUUGAUCCCGUACGCACGUCCCUCGUGCCCCCCGCGCUGAGUCUGGGCCCGAUCGCUUUAGCUGCGCCUUCAGCUACUGCUACUUCCAGCACGCGUCCCAGGGCGUCGUCCAUCCAGAGCAGAACACCCGAAGACGAAUCUGCUGCAUCCCUCCUUCUGCAGAUCAGCGCAUCGUCCCCGCCGUUCAGGGCUUUAUCCUCCUCAUCGACGUAUGGUCUCCCGGAUCCGAGCAAGUUCACGCUUCACCCUUCUGAAAGUGUGAAGCUGGGUGUUUUGAAGGCCCAGACGCCGGGGUCGUUGUUGGGCUUGAAUCAUCGGACUGGCGGUUUGAGUGGGAGUGGAAGUGAGAGUGGGAAGCAAUAG